CAAUGCUUCACAAUCUUCAACAAGUGAGACACAGGGGUCCUUUUGUUCAGCUAUAAAGUUGGGGUUUUAGUCUUCUUUACUUCUGACUUGACCUUUUGUAUCUAUUCCUUAAGACUCUUUCGACCUAUCCAUACUCAUCACGCCAUCCAUAACUCGGAUUGCAACAUCUCACUCGACUCUUAUACCAAUAAACUUAUACCCAAAGAACCACAAACAAACAUCAACAUGGCUCCCUUCGCCACCAUCUACACUUACCCCAACAACGUCCGCGUCCAGCGUGCCCAAGCCGUCGCCAAGCUCAACGGCCUCGAGAUCGUUGAAGACAGCGACUUCCAGCUCGCCAACCCUUCGGACCCCAAGUGGGCCGCCAUCCUCGCCAAGUUCCCCUACGGCAAGGUCCCCGCCCUCUCCACCACCGACGGCUCCCUCAACCUGACCGAGGGCCAAGCCAUCGUGCGCUUCCUUGCCGACUCCGGCCCCAAGUCCGAGCAGCUCCUCGGCCGCACCGCUGUUGACCGUGCCUUGAUCGAGCAGUGGGCCUGCUUCGCCGAGCAGGAGCUCUUGACCAACCUGUACCCUUGCAUGUUGAUGGUGCACAGGCCCGACUUGGUCCCGUACACCCCCGAGGGCUAUGAUGCUUCUGCCAAGAAGUUUGAGCGCGCUGUCAAGCAUGUCGAGAACACCCUGGCCAAGGGUAACGGCAAGUUCCUUGUUGGUGACGAGGUGACGGUUGCGGAUGUCAUGGUUGCUGGCGCCUUGAUCCUGGCGAGCAAGUUGUUGUUGGAUGCCGAGAUGAAGAAGAGCGCCGCGCCUAGCGUUGAGGGAUACCUCAAGGGUCUGUUGGAGAUUCCUGAGCUCAAGGAGUCGUUUGGCGAGCUGGUUACCGUCCAGGAGCGCCUCCGUGGCAAGACUGAGUAAAAGGUUGAUGACGUUGAUGGCGAGGACAUGAUACCAUAGUUGGAACACCAAAAAAGUUAAUGAUAAUGGGUUUUUAUCGAGUGCUACUUAGUACAUUUCCACACUGGAACUCACGAUUGUGUCAAGGAUGCAUACAUUUUAUGGGGGAGGGCAAGAACUUGAUUGAAACUAUGUGUGAGGAAUGGAAGCCCGUCCAAGAGUGUAACCUCCAUGAGACUUUGAUCUCCUACUACCACCUGUCGGGUGCCAAUGCACAAGCGCAAGAUACACUGACUACUUGUUCAAACCAAUCUCAUAUUACUUUGAA